UGAGACGAGGUUGACAAACCAAAAUGGCGACUUCCAUGCGACACGUGAAGCGUCGAGAGCGCUUGAAGAAAUUCACUAAAAUGAAGAGAGAAUCACAAAAACAGCCUAGUAGUUUGCUCGAUCAGAAGUGGAAGCCAUUUGAAGUGGAUAUGUCUGCAUUUGCCGAUAAGGAAAUGGGUGGAUUCGUGGGAAUUGAGAUUCUAACUGAUUACGAUCCAAACCUGCUGAAGAAACAAAUGAGUGGGACUAUGGGGAAGGGGUCCAAAUCAUCUAAGAAACUACAAGAUAAAAAGAAAACCCUACCCAGCAAAGAAACGGUCAAAAAGAAGACAAAAGGUGAUAAAAAGAAAGAAAAGAAAGGUGUAGAUGAUCCUAACCCCAAGAGCCCCGAGAACCCUGAGAAUCCUGAGAAAAACAUUCUUUCAAAAGAAAAACAAGAUAAAUCUGCUGAUAUGAAGACAAGGACUAAAGAGCAAUCUGCUCAAAGUAAAGGCAAGGAUAUGAAAGACACUUUGCAGAGUAAGGAGGUUGAACUUGAAGCGAGUCCUGGAAAGUCAAGAAUUAGGAAGAGAAAGUCAGGGAAACAAAACUUCGAGAAAUGAGAGCUAAAAGGAAGAGGAGGAAGAGUGAGCAGGAGAGAGAGGAACAGGAGAGAGAAGCAGAAGCAGAGAAGACAGAAGCAGAGAAGACAGAUCCCAAGGACAGUCUGGAUGAAUCCGGUGAAGAUACAGCAGGAGAGAAAAUCAGUUCUGAAGUUUCCAUGUCGACUUGGGACACCCUAUCUAUCCCCACCGUGGUGCAUCAGUCAUUGGAGACCAUGGGGUUCGCCAGCCCCACCCCCAUCCAAGCCGGCUGCAUACCUGCUGCUAUCAACGAAGGCAAGGAUAUAGUAGGAGCUGCAGAAACGGGGAGUGGAAAGACAUUGGCCUUUGGGAUACCGCUGAUAUACAGGAUACUGCAACAUGAAGCAGCACUUGCUUCAGGAUCGACAUCGGUAGCCAAGGCGGACCCGACUGAAGACGAGAGUGGACAAGACGGAUUGGAAGGUGAAGUGAAAGAUGAGGGUAGCGAGCAAGAUGACGAGGGAGGGAUGGAGGACGAUGAGAGGGUUGGGGAGGAUCCUAGCAUGAUGACUGGCAUGGAAGCAAAUGAAGGUGAUAAUGACCUCAUUGGCGAUGACAUCGAGGAUGAUGUUGACUUCGACGAUGACAUCGAUGACAGUGAUGAUGAUGUUGAGGAUGAUGACAGUGAUGAUGAUGAUGAUGGAGAACAGGUAGACAUGCAGAGGCUAAAGACGCAAAUGAAGUGCGUCGAUGUUGUGGAUAACAUUGCGGAUGAGGACUGGUUGAAGGCUGGACUACCGUUGACCAGCACUCCAGCCGGUGGGCUUGACCAGGAGAAGAAACUCUUUGGACUGGUCCUGACGCCUACCAGGGAGCUGGCAGUGCAGGUCAAGAACCAUCUGGUCGCUGCAGCCAAAAUGACAAAUAUCAAGGUUGCUGUGGUUGUUGGAGGGAUGUCGGCAGAGAAACAGAAGAGGGUCCUGAAGAAAAGACCAGACAUCAUUGUGGGUACGCCAGGAAGGUUAUGGGAGCUCUACCAAUUGGGUGAGCCUCACCUUGCCAGCCUGCCUGACGUCAAGUGUCUGAUUAUUGAUGAGGCUGAUCGUAUGGUGGAGAAGGGUCACUACGCUGAGCUCUCCGAGAUAUUAGACAUUUUAAACACCUCUGAGCAGAGGUCAUCCAGACAAACCUUUGUGUUCUCAGCGACGCUAAGUCUGAUCCAUCUUGGUCCACUCAGGAAAUCAUUGAAGAAGGCCUACAAGCAAGACAAGAAAGAUAAGCUAGAUUCUGUGAUGGCUAAGAUUGGUAUUAAGGAAGACGCUGAGGUUGUAGAUCUCACCAAGAGAGAAGGUACAGCUUCUUCACUGCUGGAGAGUAAAAUUGUUUGCGCAGUCGAGGAAAAAGACAUAUACCUGUUCUACUUCCUGAGGCAGUACCCAGGCCGAACGCUUGUCUUCACCAACAGCAUCGACUGCAUCAGGAGACUGGCAUCCAUCCUUACUCUGCUGGACUGUAAACCACUUCCACUGCAUUCCUCCAUGCACCAGAAACAGCGCCUGAAGAAUCUAGAAAGAUUCACAGGGAAUCCUAAGGGUCUACUCCUGGCUACGGAUGUUGCUGCUAGAGGCCUUGAUAUACCAGAUAUAGAGCAUGUUAUUCACUACCAAGUACCUCGUACAUCAGAGUCUUACGUUCACCGUAGUGGCCGUACAGCUAGACAGGCCAAGGUUGGGCUGAGUGUGACCCUGGUAUCACCCAAUGAGAUGAACUUCUACAGGAGACUAUGCAAGACACUCAACAGAGAGGAGAUUCCCAGCUUCCCUGUAGAGCAUAGCUACUACCAAGCCGUGAAUGAAAGGGUGGAGCUAGCCAGAGACAUUGACAAGCUGGAGCACGUCAGCAACAAGAAGAAGCACCAGAACGACUGGUUUGUCAGAGCGGCCAAGGAGCUGGACGUCGAUGUGGAUGAACAUUUGAAUCUUCAUGAUAUGGGGGAUUCAUCAGAACAGAAGCAAUUCAACAAGAAAUUGAGGAUAAUGAGAGGCACCCUGAAAGCAUUGUUGAAGAGGAGGAUCUUUGCUGCGGGUUAUUCUCAGCGCUACUUGACAGCUAAUGGCAAAUUCCAGUCUCCUUUCUCUCAAGCCACUGUUGGAUCUCACGAAGCGUUCUCCAAGAUGAAAGCUCGGAUGAAGAAGGACAAAGCGGACGACAGCAAAGAGAAGGACAAGAAACGGAAGAAGUUCAAGCGGAUGGGCAGAUACCAGACAAAGAAAUAGAGGGCAAUCUUAGGCAAGGGUCGUUUCUGAUUGAGGCAAUGGACAGCAGUCUAUUUAAAGCCCAUCUGCACUAGUUUGGCCAGGAGGUCACUGGUCACUGACAGAUGGUUAUCUCAUCAAAUCAGCUCUCAAUUAACAUAAGAAAAAGAGGAUCAUGGGGGACCGAUGGUCACCAAUUAGGCAUUUUUUGCUAUAUAGAGGGCGAGAGUGGCUAUAGGAAUAGCUUUGAGAUUUUUUAAAUAAAGCCUGAAUGCCGACUGUGUAUUUUCAUUUAAUAGCUUUCCAGUAUUAUAAAGUCACUAUUAUUGCAAUAAGCAUUUGAUACUGGUCAUGAUUAUCAGAUUUAUUUAGUCUUAAAGGUAAAGACCAGUAUUGGAAACGCCCCAAUUUCAAAAAAUGAAAUGGAAGCUCUCAUUACCAAUC